AUGGCUGCCGAACAGGAGAGCGUUUAUUGCACGCUCUUGCUGAGCGAUAACUACUUGCCAGGAGCUAUGGUACUGGCGCAUUCCCUGCGCGACAAUGGCACGACAGCUAAGCUGGUUGCGCUCUUUACACCGAGUGCACUCCGGUCAGAGACGAUUGAUGAGCUUCGGACAGUUUAUGACGAGCUCAUCCCGGUUCAUUCGAUAGUGAAUGGCACACCCGCAAACUUAUGGCUUAUGGACCGACCGGAUCUGAUUGCGACAUUCACAAAAAUCGAGCUCUGGCGCCUGACACAGUACGAAAGGAUCAUCUACAUCGAUUGCGACGUCGUGGCUCUUCGUGCACCGGACGAGCUAUUCUCCCUGGAUGUGAACUUUGCCGCUGCUCCCGAUGUAGGCUGGCCUGAUUGUUUCAAUAGUGGGCUCAUGGUUCUCCGCCCUAAUAUGCAGGACUAUUUCUCUCUGAAGGCGCUGGCAGAGCGGGGCAUUAGCUUUGAUGGAGCUGACCAGGGAUUGUUGAAUAUGCACUUCCGGGACUGGCAUAGGCUGAGCUUCACGUAUAACUGCACGCCCAGUGCGAACUAUCAGUACAUCCCUGCAUACAAGCAUUUUCAGAGUACCAUCAGCCUCAUCCAUUUCAUUGGUUCGCAAAAGCCGUGGAACAUGCCCAGACAGGUUGUCCCGCUGGAGUCGCCAUAUAACCAGCUUUUGAACAAAUGGUGGUCGGUGUACGAUAGACAUUACCAUUCUCCUUUUGUCUCCUACUCGUUACCAAGAAGCACUACCCAGGCCUCACAAGCUUCAAGUCACCCCCUGACGGCCCGUUUAGCAGACCAGUCAGAAUCAUUUCCGACUCGUUAUGAACAACGGUCUGAACCUCAACAUUUCCAUGGUGAGGAUCAAAGUGUGCCAGCUUUGGAAUCAUCCGAGUCGGUGCAGGGGCAUUACGCACAGCCACACCAGGAUCACCAUGUAGCGACUCAGGAUUCAAUUGCCACCCAGGUUCCAGUAUUGAGUGCUGUCCCGCAGUAUGUUCGCGGAGAAGAACAAUAUUCGACAUUUAUACCACCCCUUCAAUAUGCCCCCGCGCCGAUGGUUCAUGUGCACCAGGAGUCUCACAAAGCACAGCCUGAAGUCCAACAAAAGCAGCACGAGCAGCAUCAUCACCAGCAUGGUCAACAACACGACCACCAACACCAACACCAGCACCACCAGCCAUCCGAUCAAGGAGAAAGCCACAUACACCAACCCCAACCUGUAGCACCCCCACCAGUUGUGGAGCAUUGGCAAACAGCCUCUUCGCCGGAGCCUGAAGUUCCACAUUUCCAAGCACCAAAGGCAGAAUGGGAUGCCUCACGAGAACCACCGCCACUCAACACUCGGCCCGAGGGUAUUAGUCUGGAGCAAAAGACAUACACCAUGUCCCAGGACACCACCCUGUUUCAACCCCCUCCAUCGUAUCCUGAAGCCCCCAAGAAUAUGUAUUACCAAGUUCCUGAGUCGAAGCCCGAGCCCGAAAGGGUUACGAAGAUCUUCCCUUGGGAGAAUCACGCGCCCAGGCCAACCAGAGUUUUUACAGAGCCGGCUGCUCCUCGUACUCCAUCUCCAGAACCUCAGCCGUCUUUACCCCAGCCACACAACGAGCCUCCUUCUAUUGAACGUCCUCAAUCGCCGCCACAAUCACAAACCCUCUCACCCCAACCAGUAUAUGAGCCAUACCAGCCUUCCGCAGAGACCUACGAACAAUAUUCUCGUUCCAAUGCCUGGGAUGAACACCCGGAUAUUCAGCGUUACAUGGAUUCUCUUCAACAGGCUCGCCGUGGAAAGCCUCAGGUAAUAUCCGGCUCUGCGCAGGAAGGCUCAAGCCAUAGUAGAAGUACCAGUAUGAGCACAAGCCAGUUCUCAUCUUCUUCAGCCACAACUAUCACAUCUGGGCGGCGACCAAGCAUGAAGCUAACCGAUUUCCCCACGGAAAUCGAACGGCCCAGUCUCCCGGUGACCCCGGCGCCAAUCCAUCGUGUCCGGGGUCUGGAAAGUGACGGCGAUGAUACAUCCACCCUCCCUACUGCAGAGGGGGUUCCGGACCAAGAGGAAUGGGUGGGUGUCACGGUUGAUGCGUUCUCUCAAAUCCUCCGGGCAACGUACUUAUUGUGGCGAUUUACAGAAUCCCCAGGAGCGGCUCGAAGAACUCCGUCGUCGACAAUCCGCAGCCUUAGAGGAUCCGGAGCUCUUGUUUAG